UCGUAUAAUAGUAAUCUUAAUAAUAAUGAUAAUAAUAAUAAGAAACGUGUAGUUAGUAACAUAUAUCUCCACUGCGAGGAACAUGCUGAACGUUGAUUUGUUCUCUUCAUACUGAUGCUUUUUUGCUCUGUUUUGCUCUUUUCUGUUAGAUCUUAUCAAUGUGUUAACUUAAAAACAUUUCUGCUUGUAGCGCUUUUGCAGCGUUUCGCGUGUAGACACGAAAACCUACAUACUACACGUGAAGGCAGCACAGACCCCUGCGCUUUACCUUGCAAUGGGUCAGUUUAAAAUAAAGAGAAACUGAAAGCAAUCGCAGCAUCACGUUGCAUCACCGGCAGCCUGAUGCCAAGCCUCAUGCGCUCAAAAGCCAGCAGACACGGCAGCGGCGACACAUUUAGGCUACAGAAGCAAUAAGUCAUAAAGCACCAGAAACUAAAUGCACCACAGAAAUAUAGCAGUGUCUAUUCAGCAGCCGGUACUCUUCCCGUACAUCCCGAGUCUUUCAAAGGCGCCCUGGUAGUGCGUCUACUUCAGAGUGUGAAUGGAAGUGAACUGACCUGCGGGCGCAGCGCGGAUCAUCCGGGCUCGGUGAAGGUGCAUCUUGCCGCUGGACAAGUCAGUCAACUGUCCGGCUCGCUAGUCUGCUGCUGGAGGAAGAGAUGUCCCCGUUAUUCAUGGACACCGUGUACGAGCUCAACAGUCCCGACUCGCUGUCAGCUGAGGAGAGCCACAGUAACAACGCUGAAUCUGAGAGGGAAGCAGAGGGUCAACAAACUGGACACACAUCCAGAAAAAGACAAGAGAAGAACAGAGACGCUGCAAGGAAGAGCCGCAAAAAGCAAACGGAGAGGGCCGACGAACUUCAUGAGGAGCUCCAGAAUCUGGAAAGAUCAAACACAGCUCUUAAAAAGGAGAUUGCCACAUUGAAAAAAGACCUCCACCUCUAUACGACGGCUCUGGAGCGCCACCAGCCUGUCUGCUGCCUCAAAACCACCUCAGCCAGCUGUCAGGCCGGCCCCAGCCCUCCUCGAGUCCCUCCCCACGCUUCGAGCUCAACUUUUGCCGCUGCAGCUUCACUCUCUACCUCCUUAACCUCCAAGCUGGAUCUUCAAAACUACAAAAGAGCACGUCUCUCACCUUCGACUCCUCCAACAACUACAACAUUAGCCUCGUCCAGCAGCUCGUCACCUGACCAAUUAACUUCCUCCAGCUCUGUAACGGCUCCUUCCUCUGUCUCUUUCUUAGCCGCCCCAGCUCCUCACUCUUUGUUUAGCCAACAUCCUACUCUAAUCACACCGAGGCCGGAAAAUGUUGCACCUUUGUGCACCAACCUUGUUUCCAGACCUGUACCCUCCAGCUCUCUUGUCGCAGCCACUCAGCCUCAAUCUGGGCAAGACACCAUCCAUGAAAACUCUUUGAUGGCAGCAAGUACUUGUUUCUCUCCACUUCACUCUGCACUGGAGGAUUUUCUAUUGAAACAAACUUCCUUUGUAGAUACUUCAUCUAAUGCAGUGCCUCCUUACUCCCAUUUAGAGGCAGGAAACGCAGGUCUAGUAGUGCAAGGUUGUUCCAUGAAUGUGCCCCUGCUUAAUCCAGGUCAGUUCAGCAGAAAUCCAAUCAAUUCAAGUCCGCAAUGUUCACUUUUACCGCCAGCUCUUAAAGCUCCUGCUGUUCAGACCCUCUCAGCACCACCUCCUGCUGCCGCUUCUCCCUCAAGGCCAAGUCGUAGUCGGCCAGUCACGUUCAAUCCUACCUCUCUGCUUUCCCUGCUCACUGUCCCGAGUCCCCUUGAUGUGCCUCAGACUACCUCCAGCAGCAUUGAAGGGCAUUUCUCUCAAACGCUGCAGUCAUUGGGGGAACCCCCAAGAGAUCUCUCGCUUUCAGAGCUCCUGGAGGGGAACGAUUGGAUACUAAGUGGGAACAGUCACCAGUAG